GGAUGAAUGCAAAUUUCAAAGAUGGCGGCGGAGGGAGGAGGGAAGGAGAUGAACGAAAUUAAAACUCAGUUCACUACCCGAGAAGGCGCGUACAAACUCCUCACACACUCCGAAUAUAGCCGCCCCAACCGGGUGCCUUUUAAUUCUCAAGGCUCAAAUCCUGUCAAAGUCUCUUUCGUGAACGUUAAUGACCAGUCGGGCAACGGCGACAGAAUCUGCUUCAAUGUGGGCCGGGAGCUCUACUUCUACAUCUACAAAGGCGUCAGGAAGGCUGCUGACCUCAGUAAGCCAAUCGACAAGAGGAUAUACAAGGGAACACAGCCCACUUGCCAUGACUUUAACCAUCUCACUGCCACGGCUGAGAGCGUGUCGCUGCUUGUGGGAUUCUCAGCCGGACAGGUGCAGCUGAUUGACCCGAUCAAGAAAGAGACGAGUAAGCUCUUCAACGAAGAAAGACUGAUAGACAAAUCUCGAGUGACGUGUGUGAAAUGGGUGCCCGGCUCCGAGAGCCUCUUCCUUGUAGCCCAUUCCAGUGGGAGCAUGUACCUGUACAACGUGGAGCAUGCGUGCGGUACUGCGGCACCCCACUACCAGCUGCUCAAGCAAGGCGAGAGUUACACUGUGCACACAUGCAAGAGCAAGUCAACACGCAACCCGUUGCUGAAGUGGACAGUAGGCGAGGGUGCUUUGAAUGAGUUUGCUUUCUCACCUGAUGGCAAGUUUGUGGCAUGUGCAAGUCAGGAUGGCUUCCUGCGCGUGUUCCACUUCGAUGGUGCCGAGCUGCAUGGAACUAUGCGCAGCUAUUUUGGUGGCCUGCUUUGUGUGUGCUGGAGCCCAGAUGGCCGCUAUGUCGUAGCGGGUGGUGAGGAUGAUCUGGUGACUGUGUGGUCAUUCAGUGAGCGGCGUGUGGUCGCUCGAGGACAUGGUCACAAAUCCUGGGUAAGUGUGGUGGCCUUUGACCACUACACCACCAGUGUAGAGGAGACCGAACCCAACGAGUUCAGUGGCAGUGAUGACGACCUGCAGGAGCAGGCGCUCACAGGCCGUGAGCGUGCCAACAGCACACACUCGCGCCUCUCAAAACGAAACUCCACAGAUGGACGUCCACUCAGCGUUACCUACCGUUUUGGAUCUGUGGGACAGGACACUCAGUUGUGCCUAUGGGACUUGACAGAGGACAUUUUGUUCCCACAUCUACCAUUAUCCCGAACCAGAACCCAUACCAACGUCAUGAACGCCACAAGUCUCCCAGUCUCGGGAAGUGGAGGAGGAGUAAGUGGAGGAGGAGGCGGAACAAUAAUCACAAGCAUCAACAACCCAAGUGCCAACGGAGGAAGUAGCAGCAGCAGCAGCAACAGUGGCUCCAAUACGCCAGGCAACUCUGUGCCUGCACCUCUGCCACGCUCCAACAGCCUUCCGCACUCAGCUGCCUCCAGUGGCAACAGCAAAAGUGGCACGACGGACAGCGCCAACGCAGUUGCCUCAAGCGUAACCAAGUUCGCUACGCUGGCACUGCACGAGCGUAAAGAGCGACACCAUGACAAGGAGCACAAGCGCAACCACAGCAUGGGCCACAUCAGCAGCAAGAGCAGUGACAAACUGCAUCUGCUCGCUAAGACAAACCGAGCAGACGCAGCCAAGACGCUGGGCACACCACUCUGUCCACGAAUGGAGGAUGUGCCACUGUUAGAGCCACUCAUUUGCAAGAAAAUAGCUCAUGAGAGGCUCACCGUACUUAUCUUUCUUGAGGACUGCAUAGUCACUGCAUGUCAGGAGGGAUUUAUUUGCACGUGGGCCAGGCCUGGGAAAGUGGGAUUACUGUCGUCAUCCCAAAAUCAAGCCAACUCACCCAGUGGAACAGUAGUAUAGCCACAAAAUUUCUGCUGCUAAGAACCCUACAUCACAUCGAGCUGUCGAUACAGAGAGCCCUGUGCUGCUCGUCACGUUUAGAGCAUUGUGUCUUUUUAGUUCUCUCUUUCUCCCUUAUGUCUGUUGUUUCACCCCCCCCCCAUUUCUUGAAUCUGUCAGUGGUUCCUUCACAUGGUCUACCUGCACUGUGGACAUGCUAAUACUGUGCACAAAUGGAAACCGUGUGCUGCAGUGGUGGACUGUAGCCGUAGUGGUGGUGUGCCCCUUCCAUUUUUCUCUUUUUUUCAAAGAAAAGUAUUUAUUUUUGGUUUUUCUUUCUCUCACUCACUCACUUACUCUCUCUCACACACACGCCACAUAUUUCAGUUCUCCUUCCUGUCGCGAGUGUGACCUGUCGUGAAUAAAUCGGCUGGAAACCAGGGGCUAAAGAGAAUCCAAGGACUUGCUUCCAUCCAAAAUCUUUUCCUUUGUUCUUUUCUUUCAUAUGGAAUCACUCCCCCUACUUAAAAAAAACUUUGCACUGAUUUUAUUUUGAUUUCUCUUUUUUGUAACUACUAUAAAGGAUAAAGACAAAAAAAAAAACACGAUCUGGGGAUGGCCUUGAUGCACUUGGCUUUAUUAUCCUCUGGCUUGAAAAUUUGAAUCUGAAUAGCUGGAUGCUGCAAUCAAAGUGGUUUUUUUUUUUUUUAAAUAAAAUUGUUUGCACUUAAUAGUUUAUUAGAAGAGAAUGGCUUUACAUUUUGUGUGCAAGGACUCACAGACUGGUAUAACAUGGAGAAAUGAAAUGAUUAAACUUUGUAUCUAUUGAGCAUUUAUUUUAAUAUUGUUUCAGAUUAAAAUCUGCUUUGUAUUAUAUGUAUAAUAUUGUAAUUCUGUGAUUAAUGGGGCAAAAGCAAAUGAUCAGUACUACACUAGUGGACGUUUUGUCAUCAUUAAAGGAAGUAGUGAUAUUUCUAAGGCAGAAAAAUACACAAUGAUAUUAAAAAAAAAUCUUGAAUAUGCAGAUUUCUGCUAUUUUUUUUUUCCUUUCCUCUUGUACAAACUUCAUCCAGAUGUAUUUUGAUAUAGGAGAUUUAUGUGUCAAGGCUUGAGCCUUUGAGCAAAUGUGUUUAAUGUUAUAAAUCCACAAAACGCAAUGUUGCCUGCAAGCAGCUGAACUUGAAAAUUCUAACGUGUGAAGCUCAGGAAGUCUGGCAGACAAAAAAAAAAGUGUAAUAAGAUCUGAGUUCAUGUUUCUGCUUGGCAGGCAGCAGUGCUAAUCUGCGUAAUGAUACUAAAUCACCCCCACUAGGAAUGACUACAGUAAUUUUGAAAUGGAUUGAUUGGUAGAACCUCACCAUGUGACCAUAGCUACUGUUUUAAUGUACCUUUUUGUGACUACCAGUCAUUGUUAAUGCACCAUACAGUGAAUCAACACUAACCGGGGAAAGGCAAGGAUGCUACAGUGGUCACAUUUUAUGUUGUUAACAUUUUUACAGUUCACAUUUUGUUCUUCAUUAAAA